AGCCAACUCCCCUCUCAUCCUAUUCUUCAAGCCCUCUCCCCCCUUCUCUAGAAGCAGCCAGUCAGCAGGAGUGCUCGCUCGCUGCCAUCAUCAGUAGCUAGCUCGAUUAAGCACAGAUAGUGCAUCAAUGGCGUCCACCGCACAGCUUCUUGGCCACCUCGCCAGCUCCACGGCCACAGCCAGCCUUAGCUUCACGCCUGUCAGCGGCGGCGGCAGCAGCAGCAAGGUCAGGUUCCUGCCGGCAACGGCGCAGAGGCGCCGCAUGGUGGCGCGGCCGCGGGCGGCGGUGUCCGGUGCGGAGAAGGAGAAGGCCAAGCCGGCCGAGUCCGGCGGCAAGGAGGACGAGCGCGUGGUGCAGGUGCACAGCGCCGAGGAGUUCGACAGCGCGCUCCAGAAGGCCAAGAACCGGCUCGUGGUGGUGGAGUUCGCGGCGAGCCACAGCGUGAACAGCAAGCGCAUCUACCCGUGCAUGGUGGACCUCAGCCGCACCUGCGGCGACGUCGACUUCCUCCUCGUCAUGGGCGACGAGUCGGAGGCCACGCGGGAGCUCUGCCAGCGGGAGGGCAUCACCCAGGUGCCGCACUUCUCCUUCUACAAGGGCACCGAGAAGGUGCACGAGGAGGAGGGCAUCGGCCCCGACCAGCUCGCCGGCGACGUCCUCUACUACGGCGACAACCACGCCGGCGUCGUGCAGCUGCACAGCCGGACGGACGUGGAGGCGCUCAUGGCGGAGCACAGCGGCGAGGGCGGCAAGCUGCUGGUGCUGGACGUCGGGCUCAAGCACUGCGGGCCAUGCGUCAAGGUCUACCCCACCGUCGUCAAGCUCUCCCGCUCCAUGGCCGACACCGCCGUCUUCGCGCGCAUGAACGGCGACGAGAACGACGCAUGCAUGCAGUUCCUCAAGGACAUGGAGGUCGUCGAGGUGCCCACCUUCCUCUUCAUCAGGGACGCCAAGAUCGUCGGCCGCUACGUCGGCUCCGGCAAGGGCGAGCUCAUCGGCGAGAUCCUCCGCUACCAGGGCGUCAGGGUUACAUACUAAUUAAACCACCAAGCCACCAGCAAUGCUUUAUGUACGUACGUAGUACAACGAUCGAUACUUGUGAAUUCGGCCAAACGAAAUUAAGGAGUGCAGAUAGAAUUACUCCUGCAGUUUACUGCAUGCAUGCGGCAUCGAUCGAUGCUAUAUAUAGGUUCAUAUUUAGACAUUUUUAUGCUCUUAAUUAUCUGGUAUUGGGCGCCAAUACAUACGGUUAUAGCAGUAAUAGAAUUUUCGAGUGCAAAUUGUAAUAAGUUUAUAAUGGUUUUAUUGUGAUAUUA